CCCGGGGUGGGGGGGAUUGCGAUGCACCCUCCUCCCAUUGCAGCGCAAGAAAAGGGGCCAAAAUCUCUCCUGAGUGACAUCCAGCCUUUCCCCUCUUGUCUCCUGUUGCCUGCAGGUGUGAAAGGAUGCGGCAGAGCCCCUCCGCCCGCUCCGGUGCCCGUGGGCGGGGGACCGUGCCCGUGAGCGGGGCACGGCAGCUCGCAGCGGCUCUGUAGCCGUGUCCCCUGCUCGGUAUCAUGACUGGAGAGACCCAGCAUGUUUACACCAUCGGCGACACCGAGGCCGGCCCCGAAGAGCCCGACAAGGAUUUUGGCUGCGAAGGCAGCGGGGAUAAGGAUGGGAGGGCGCUGGGCGGGGAGGGGACACCCCCCUUCCCUAAGGACAAGGAGCAGCACAGCCAGCGGGAAGCCGUGAUCCGGCCGCAGCAAGCGGGGAAGAUCGACUUCAAAUCGCUGCAAAAGCCCAAGUUCGGCAAUGACAGCGCCUGGGGGGAGGUCAAGGGCAGCGCGCUGUCCCCGCCGGGCAAGGGGCGAGCCCGGGAGCGCGGCCGGCGCUCGGGGAAGGGCGAGCGGGGCCAGCAGCAGCUCUACCGGCUCAGCAUCGCCGGCACCCGGCCCAGCCCCACCAUCGGCAUCGCCUACCCCCAGCAGAAGGUGACACCCCCCAAGAAACCCGAGGUGGCCCCCGCGGCCAGCGGCUACGGCUUCCACGUGGCCGGCAUCGCCCAGCGCGACGCCGAGCUCCGGCCGCAAGAACUCGGCAGCUUCGGCCGCUGCUCCAGCGGUUUUACCUCACAGCCCGGGCCCCCCCUCGGCGCCAAGGGGCAGCCCCCCGCCGCCGGCAUCCCCCUCAAGAGCCCCGGCACCCAUGGGCAGCUACAUUAUUCGGGGUUCCAGGCGAACCGGGCCGAGUCCUGGCCUUCCCCGGAGAAGAGCUUUGCAGGUGCUACCUACGGGAUCUCGGUGCAGAAGGCCGGCUCUUUCUCCGAGGGUGGCAAAGGUGCUGUGCACGGCCUGGGGGCUUUGCCGUGCCAGCUGCCCUUCCAGCUGGGCAAGGAGCCGUUCCACAGCAACGCGGGCAGCCAGGAGUUCCUGGAUGUGGGAAUGGCCACCGGCGCCCAGCUGGCUCCCGCUGCCUUCUCCUUCCACUCGUCCCCUCCAAAGUGGCCGGAGGAGCUGAGCGGGGGCUCCUACGAGAGUUUGUCCCCCGAGGGGAGGCUGUACGGGCUGCCUGCGCCCCCGGCGCCCUUCCUGCGCCCGCCGCCGCCGCCAGCCCUGCACCACGGCCCCUUGUCCUGCUGCAAGGGCGGGGCCGAGCAUCCCGCCGACCCCUCUGGUGCUCUCCCGUCGUCUGGUGCUAUCGACCAAAACACAAGCACUUUCCAAGAGACCCCAGCUGUGUUCCCGUCUAGUUUACACUCGCCUCCCGUGCCGCAGCCGGCGGGGAAGAGGCAAGGCUCGGCCAAGGACGGUGCGCCCGGCGCUCGGCUGCUGGUGCAGAGCGGCCCCCUGAGAAGGGCAGUGCCACCCAACUCCCUGUCCCAAGUGCACUUUCAGAGCAAGGCCUAUUGCAGUUCCCCUGCGGGAGCCGUGCCCUUCGAGACGAGCGUUCCCACUACGGCACCCACCCACCCCAGGCUUGUGCAAGCUUGGGAAGGCGCCACGAAGGCGUUUUCUCCCAUGGACCAGAAUUCAGCACCUUAUUCAAACCCUGUUGGAAACCAGUUCUCAUUCGAGUGCCAGUCUGGCCCCGAGCAGAGGCAGCACAGGCAGAAAAAUGCCGGGCUGCCUUGGCAGCAGAUGCACCUCCCUUCUGCGGUGCCCGCUGCCAACAGGCUGGAGCUGUCGAGACACAUCAGCAGCCAGAAGCUCCCCUUCCCCCCGGGCACGUCGGACUGGCAGGGCAGCGGGAAAGCCCAAAAAGGGCCCCCCAUAAGCAAUUCUCCAGGGUACCACAGCAAAAAGCUGUUAUCGGGAGAGAGCCUCCAGAGGGGAGAUCCCAGCGUGGCGGGAGCUUUCUCCUUUGACAGUGGGAAGGAGCCAGGGUCUCCUGCCUGCGACUCGAGAAGCAAAGCCCUGUUCUACAGUAUGGCUCAAGCAGCUCCUCCUCCCUCAAGGAGCUCGUCAGGCCCGGGGCUGGUUCUGCCACCAUCAGCUUUGGUGGCUGCCUCCCCUUGUGAGUCCCCUCUGCCGUCCCCUGUCCCCAACCCCACGUGUGGCAGCACCUGCUCGUCGCUGUCGCCCAUGUCCAGCAGCCCACUCAACCCUGCCUUCGAGGACAGCCAGAUGUCCGGAGCGCUGACCCCCUCGCCCUUCUUCCAGCACCCCUGCCACGCCAAGGAUGCCAACAAAGCCUUCCACCCCUCCGAGGUUCUGAGUCCCAGCUCGCUUCAUUACCACCCCCCAGACUCUGUCAAGUCCUUCAGCUUCCCUGCGGAUGCUCUGAAAGACGACAGCCUGCUGAAGUGUGCCCCGGCCAGCCCGUUCCACAGACCCGGCGGGGACAUGGCCGAAGGAUGCUCGGAGGGGCUGGACGGGGAGCAGCCUCCGCCCCCCUACUCCUCCCAUCACCUGCUGGCCACCUCCCUGAGCAGUGCCAGCCUGGACCAGCUGGACGUGCUGCUGACCUGCAGGCAGUGUGACCAGAACUACAGCAACCUGUCCUCCUUCCUGCAGCACCGCCAGUUCUGCGCCUCCCACCCCGCUGCCCAGGCGGAGCCCAAGGACGCUCCCCGCGCGGCCGAGGGGCGCAGAGCGCUGCCCCCAGAGCCCCCCAAGCCCCCCAGCCUGGCGCUCUCUCCUGAGCCCCAGGGACUGUUGGUGUUAAACAAGAGCGAUGACUUCUUGCUGGACGGGGAAGGCAAAAGCGAAGGCAAGGAGGAUGCUCUGAAGGGCGGCCUGUUCCACGGCCUGGCCGGCAGCUCCCUCCCGCUCAGCGCCUCCGACCUGGACAUCGACGAUGCCAAGCUGGACAGCCUGAUCACCGAGGCCCUCAACGGCCUGGGGUACCAGUCAGAUAACCCCGAGAUCGACAGCAGCUUCAUCGACGUGUUCGCUGACGAGGAGCUGCCGGGCGUGAAGGCGGCGGGCGGGGGGAUGGCACACAAGGAGAGCAAAUGCAAGCAGGCAGCGGAGGAGAAGGCAGCAGGAGAGGCCAAGGCCCUUUGUGAAGAUGGGGAGCAGCUGAAGAGAGGGGCAGGAAAGCAGCGCCUUCACAAAGGGAGGGUGGCGCCGAGGGUGGCGCCGCAGGAGCCGGAUCCCGCGGCAGAGGGGGCAGAGAGGACAGCCAGGCUGAGGGCAGGCAGGAAGAACAGCAUCCCACCGGCCACCGCCUGCAGCCAAAAGCAUCCCAGGAAACUCAGCCCGACGAAGAGCGAGGUGGGGCCGGGCAAUGCCGCCAAGAGCCCCAAGCCACCGCGCUUCUCCAUGAAGGACGUGAAGAAGAGGAAGCCCCGGAGCGGGACGUGGAGCAAGGAGCUCAUCCACAAGAUCGUGCAGCAGAAGAACAAGCUGCACAAACUGCAGGUGAAGAGCAGCAAGCGGGCCCAGCUCCCCCAGGCCACCGAGAGGCCGCUGGCAGCCAGCACGGAGGGCGGGCUGCGGGAAUACGACUACGUGUCCGACUCGGAUGAGGAGGGGGCAGAGUGCAGCAAGCCCCGGGGCAGGAGGAAGCGUGGCACGGGAUUCAUGGGGAGGAGCAAGUACGGCUUCAAGAAACGCCUGGGAAGGAGUGAGAGAGCCAGAGAGAAAGACCCAGCCUGGAGCUACAGCCAGAAGAGGGAGGAGGGGGAUGUCCCGAAUCGGGAGGAUGCUGAGAAAGAGGAUUGUGCUGCCAGAGCCCGGAGGCGGAGCAGCCACUCAUCUGCUGGCAGCAACCGCAGCGUGCCCAGAGAGAUGGGCACGAGCCCAGCCUGCGCUGGUGGGGCUGGUGGCGAGGGUGGCACCCAGAGGAGGAGGCGCUCGGGCAGCCCAGCCCGUGUGCCAAGGACUCCCCUCAGCCCUCCCCAGCACAGCAGCCCAAAGACGAGCCAGGAGAGCAAAGAGGACGUUCCCAGGGGGAGCAGGAGGUUUGGCUCAGCCAAAGCUUUGCUGGCGGGCUCCAGGACACGGCCGAGUACAGAACCAGAUGUUGCUGCCAUGGACUGUGCCAAGGAGGAGCCGUCACCACAGCCCCAGGAAAGGCAAAUGCCCAGCACGGCCACCCCAGGCAGGAGCCCUGCCAGCUUCUCCUCUAAGGAGGGGGUGGAAGAGCCCAGAGGAGCAGCAAAGCUCCCAGGUGAACCCACCAUGCAGGCUCAGGGCUCUCCUGAGCUCACCAUGGACCACCAGAGGCACCAGUUCGCCCCUUUCCCAAGUGAAGGGCUGAAAUACCAGACAGAGGAGGUGAUUGCUCCAGCCCGCAGCGGUAACAAAUCCAGUCCUGGCCGUGGGAAUGCCACCAGCUCAGAAGCAGAAAUCAAGUACACAAAGGGACAGGGGCUGUGCUCCAGCCAGAAGGAUUAUCCCACAGCAGCUCCCACCUUCGGGGGGGAUGCAGUGGGAAUGAUGCUCACUGCCAAGGCCCCCGACCCGUAUGUCAGCAGUGACAACGCAUUUUUUGACCCCAAAGGCCUUCCUGGUCACUACAACGAUGACAACCUGUUCCCAAAGCCGCCAGCCCUGGGCUCGUCCCACAUGGACGACAUGUACCUGUGCCGGGACGACAUCAGCUCCUUCCAGCAGAAACACCCCAGCAUCUCCCCUUUUGCCACGGAAAUGCCGCAGGGCAAAGCGUCCUCCCCUCUCAGCUUCGACUCCUCGUCGAUUUUCGGGGAGCUGCCCGUGUCUGAGUUCGAUCCCUACGGGAGCAAGGACGGGUACGUGACAGCGUUCCCCUGUCCCGGCAGCGCCUCCCGCAAGGCGCUGCCCUUCGAGCAGCCCUACCCGCCCUUCCUGCCCGAGAAAGACUGGUCCCUCAUGGAGGAGCUGCCGGAAGACAUGGCUCAGUUCCACAGCCUCUCCGUGGAGAAGCCACCAGCCAAGAAAUUCCCCGAGGAAGGGGCUGUCCCCAGCAGCCAGCUGUCGCUGUCGCCGCCGGACAGGAUCGCCGAUUACGGCGUGGCUUUCAUGAGCAGCAUUUCAGACGACGAGCUGGAGAUCAAGCGCUUGGUCACGGAGCUGGAAAGCCAGCUGCAAACCAAGCUGGACUCUGAGGCGUCCCUCAGCCUGCAGAAAUCCGAGCCAAACGUGGCUGCGCAGCCGCGAGCGCCGGGCGCCGAGCGGCUCCCAGCGCUGCCGGCACAGCCGGAGGCAGCCCAGGAGAAAGGGCUGUUUUUGGCAGGCGAGCUGGGCAGAGCCAGCCUGUGCGCUGGGGAGAGGCUGGCAGGGGACAAGCCGGACGUGGUGACCACCCGUGAGGACUAUGAGAGACCCAGGGAGCCCUGGCUGGAGCUGGGCUCGCUGGAAACAGGGAUGUGCGUCCCAGCCCCGCUGGCCACGAACCACUUCUGCUCCAAAGAGAGCAGUGAGCAGCUCCAGGGAACUGCAGCCACUGAGGAAAGAGACCUCAGGAAGAUGGAAAAUGAGUCUUCUUCCAAAAGUCUGCCUGGCUCAAGCACAACUGAGCAAACAGAGGCUCCCAUCUACAGCGACCCUGUGACAAAAAGCCCUCCUGUUGUCAUCAACUCCGUGUUCCCCGAGGCCUUGGAUGCAGCUGAAGCAACCAAAGACCCCCUGCCAUCCCUGCCACGCCAGUGUGGUGCCAAGGGCUUCCCUGUGCUGGGGAAAGCAGACACUGAUCCUGCACAGCUGGAGAAGUUUGAUGCCAGUCUUCCAAACCCUAAGCCUCAAUUCGGUUUCCAGCAGGGUCCCACCCCAGCUUUGGAUCUCGCCUUUUCACCUCACGUCAAAGAGGUCCCAGAUACAGAAGAAAAACCCUUAAGCAGGACUGAGCCCCCCAAAACAGUGAAAAAUGCUGUGGAUCUCCAAGGGAGUGGUGGUGGGCCUGUGCUGGCGGAGGAAACGGAGGAGAGGAAGAGUCCCAACACCUACGAAAGCCCUGGAUGCAGCGACAAAGCCAGCAAGCCCAAAGUGCUGCUGUUUGAGAUGCUGAGCGUGCCCAAGGAGAGCGACCACCCUUCCCAGGAGAUGCUGGUGGCACCCCAGGGGUCCUCUGCCAACCCUCUGCAGCAGCUGCAGCUCUUCGUUGCCCGCACGGUGAAGAGCAACGAGGAGGAGCUGUUGAUGCCGUGCUUCCCCGGGCUGCUGGCCCCCAGCCACCCCUCUGCCACCAGCCAGGGCCAGGUGGAGCACAAGGAGCAGAGCAGUGGUGCCUUGGAAGGGGAAGAUCGGCCCCAAGGGGAAGGGGAGACUGGGAAUAUCUCUGCUCCAGGGAAAGAGGGGCUUUCUCCCAGUGGAUGCGAGCAGCUGGAGUCGCUGGGUGCAGAGGGUUCUCACCGUGCAAAACAAUCCACACCGGCAAAGCCAGGGCUGCAAAAUAAUGUAACAGAGCUGCAGCACUUAGCAAAUGAAGCCCCGGAGCUGAGGGACAUUAAUAUCCCUGCAGAUGGUGUUUCCCAGGAGCGCAGUGACCUCUCACCACCCAGCAGCACCGCGCUGACCUCGCUGCCAGGGCAGGCAGGGAAAGCUGAUCAGCUCAGGGAAGAGCAGGAGGGAGAUAACGGCACCACGACCUUGGCAUUUAGGAAACAUGAGCAAUCCCACCCCAGCCGUGGUUUGAUCGAGGAAGAAACGCUGGGCAGAGAGGAGGGAGAGAGGCUGGAGAGGAGUGGGGUGGGGAAGGGGGCACAGUGCCCGGGCAGUGCUCCCACGAGUCCUGUCGGCCCCCUUGGUCCCUCUGAGGGGGAUCUCCACCAGGAUCACAGCUUGGGGAUGGAGAUGAAAGCCAGCACAGUCAGUGCAGAUGUUCCCAGAGAAGGGAAUGGCAAACUGUCCCUCAAUGGCUGUCAUUACACAGGUGAAUCUCCAGCCAGCCUGCUCUUGCCAGCCAAAUAUCCCGACCUCAAAUGCUUGCAGGGCAGUGGGGACGAGAGGGGCACUCAGCUCUCGGGUGAGAAGAAGCACGGCUCCUCCCUGCCUGCAGCACCGAGUUCAUUUGUCACAAAGAGUCGUUCUCCCGAGGCCAGCAGCCAUCACACCCAUCGCACCGUGAGCCCAGCAGAGCAGGGGACGUGGGAAAGGGCUCCCACCCUCCCUCCCUCGCUGCAUCACUGCGGGGCUGUGCCCAUGGAAGCGGCUGAGGAACAUCCUCAUCCCCUCCCCGAUGGAGUUUUGGGUAGCUACGAACCACCUGGAAGAGAGGGGACAGUGAGACCCUGCACUCUGCUGCAUGGGGAGGGUCUGGUGGGCUCUGCCUUGGAGAUGGGUGGUCCCCAGGAAGCUCCUGGGACAGACUGUUCUCUGCCCUGCUCAUCAUCUUUCCACCAAAAGGAUGUUGGGAAAGAGGUGCCCGAAAACACCGGCGCUGUGCUGCCAAAUUUUAAAGAAAGCCAAGGAUGUGCCACCACAGACACAGUUGUUAACUCCACCCCUCCAGAAACCCAGGAUUAUCCAGCCCAGCCCACAGCAGAUUUUCUGCCCAUGGAAGAAAGGGAGGUCAACCUGAACCAAGAGAAUAAGCUUGAAAACUGCUCCCAUGUCAGGAAUAAACAUCAGAGUGAACCAGAGGCUUUGUUCAAUGGUUUUGCUGUUCAGGACAUGUCAGUUGCCAUCAGCAGAGGUCUUACAAGGGUUGGAGAUCUUGGUCCUGCUGAAUUAGAUGGCCACGAGUUUUCAGGGGCAGCAGAGGUGACACUUGGUGUUUCCAAAACCACAGAGAGUGAAGGAAAGAGUUUAGAAGGGGAGAAAUCCAAAAGCCAUGGGACUGCAGAAGCUGGGGGUUGUGUGCUAAACAGCGUGGGCCAAGGAGAGGACUACACACCCAGCAGUACUCCAGACCCAUCCCCAAAUGAACUCCACAAAGCAAAAAUGCCCAAUGGACUCCCGGUGACCUGUGACAUCUGCUCAGCCACUUUCCGGUCCAAGCCCGGCCUGACCAGGCACAAAGCUGUCAAGCACCAGGUGAAAAACGGUGGUUUGCCACAGCCCAGCAGGACUCCCAGGUCCCCUCUGGCUCCUGCACACGAGACAGCAAAAGCAGCCCAAAAGGUGCCCAGGAGGAGCCUGAAGGCGCCAGUCAAAACCUGCAGCUCGCAGGUGCCGACCUCCAGCGUUGAACACAUUCCCAAAACGCUCCCAGAGCUGGAGAAAGAGCCCAGCUCGCAGAUGCAGGAGGUGGUGAGCAGAGUGCUCAGCGACCUCAGCGUGAUCUCCCUGGAGGUGUCCCAGGAGCUGCAGCGCACACGGCUCCUGCAGAGGGAGGCGAGGGCGAAGGGGACGAGGGGAUCCACAGAGGCAGCGUCCGGGAAGCUGGAUUCGGGAUGGCAGGUCAGGAAAGGAGAAAAGGGCAGGAGGAGCCAAAGCAAAGAUCUUGGAGAGGAGAGCAGCAGCUCUGAGAAGCAGCUCAACAGGAAAGUGAGGCGAAGGAAAGCGAAGGUGUUUCCCAGGAGGAACGAGCCCUGUGAGCUGGAGAAGAACACGGGUCCUGCUGCCCUCAGCUCCAGCCUGCCCGGGAUGGUGGAGGGCUUGCACGAGCCAGAUGGCUGCAUCCCUGCAGAGCAGCAAAACAGGACCAGCACAGCCCAGCUCUCCCAAAAAACCAAAGAGUCCUCUUGUGCAGAAGACCCGGACAGCAGGACGGGGUCUCUAAAGGAGAUGGGCAGCAAGGAGACAGCCACGGGCACGGCCACCUGCGCUGGGGAGGUGGAGGAUCCAGAGGCAGUGGAGGACACACAGGCUGGCAAGAAAUGGAUUAGCAGGUUUGAGAAGCAAGUGGAGAAGGGAUGGGGCAAGGUAGGCGCAGAGCAGCAUCGCGGCGCUGGUGGCACAGAGGAUGUGAAUGCUGGGACAGGGGACAGUCCUGCAGCAGGCAGUGACACCAGGAGCUGGAGCAGCGCCCUGCAGGGUCCCACGGCUCCUGCCGAAGGGGCUCUGCUGCUGGAGAGCCACGGUUUGGGAACCUCCCGGAAGGUUUCUGGGCGCGGUGCUCCACAGACCCCGCCGGGGCGCAGCCCUCCUCCCGCAGAGCCGCCGCGGCGGGGGAAGGCAGCGGAGGCGCCGGGCAGGGAGCGCAGUGAAAGCACGGCCACCUCAGAGCUCCAGAGCUCUUUCGACGACGACUCCACGUUCUCCCAGCUGUUCCCCAGGGACGAGCAGGGUGCCCGCAGGAAGUGCACGCGGGUGUACGGCAAGCGCAGCAAGAAACCCAAACCUGUCCCCGAGGGCAGCCUGCAGCCAGCGGGGGCCAUCGACCUCCUCACCAUCCGCCUGGCCUCUGACCGCGGCGACACCAGCUCCCUCUGUGGCGCCAGGGAGGAGCCUUGUGGCUACCAGACCAUCGCCGUGGACGACGCCCUGAUGCUGAGCAUGUGUCACGGCAGCGAGGCAAAGAGCGGAGAUGCUGCUCCCAGCGGAUCUAACGGCAUCGAGCUGAGGCUGGACCAGGAGGCGACCGACCAAGGGAGGGAGGACAUUGACCUGGAGGACAACAUGCUGACAUUCCUGUGCCGAAACAGCCACGCAGACAACGUCCCCAGCCUGAACAUCUGGGGCAGUCUGGAGAAGGAGGGGGAAAGCCUCUCUGCCGAGGACAUGUUUGAGCCUCUGAUGGACCUUGAGGAUGAGCACUCGCUCCAAGAAGUGAGCUCAGAACCCCCCGACCUGGCAGAGGAGUCCUACAAUGCCAAGGAUAACGGGGAUUCGGACUCGCCCGAAUUCCACACCAUCGACAUCGAGAUGCUGAACGCAAAGCUGAAAAUGAGAGACGUGUGCUUCUUCAGCCCUUGCGAGGAUCUUCCUGGCCACGGCGAGGACAACGCCGGGAGUUUGAAGCCAAAGUCGGGCAAGCACAGGAGCAAGCUGGAAGACGGGAAACUGGGGAAAAACCGCGGGGAGAUAACAAUCAAAGCCAAAGACAAGCAGUACAAAUGCAAAGUGUGCUUCCAGUGGUUCCUGACCUUGGGCGAGCUGGACUUCCACAAGCUCUCCCACAACCCUUCCCCUCCUCCCACCUGCUACAUGUGCGUCCAGCGCAAGUUCAGCUCGCGGGAGCAGCUGCGGGACCACCUGAAGGAGAAGCACGGGCGGAACAAGGCGGGGCUGUGGGCGUGCGGGAUGUGCCUGAAGGAGAUCUCAGACGUGUGGAUGUACAACGAGCACCUGCGCGAGCACGCCACGCAGUUCGCGCGCAAGGGCCAGGCGCAGAAGUCGGUGAUGGGGCUGCCCGGCUGCUUCGCUGAGGACAAUGCUGCCGUCACCCACUUCCUCAACACCAUCAUGUAUCGGAAACACGGCAGGUCCUCCCGGCACGGUGACCCCAAUGGGCGGAGCGGGGUCAGCAGGGAGAGCAAGAGCCCCAAGGAGGUGCCCCCUGAGGAGAAGGCGAUGAGAGACCCCGCGGAAAGCAACGUCAAAGUGAAGCCACCUGCAGCCAGCUCCUCCAAAGCAUCCUCCAGCCCGUCUCCAGAGCACACGGCAAGAAGUGAAAACGCCCCAAAAUCUGUCCCCAUGCACCCAGACUGCAAGGAUCCUUCCCGGGACUGCCACCACUGCGGCAAACAGUUCCCCAAACCCUUCAAGCUCCAGCGGCACCUGGUCGUGCACAGCUUGCAGAAGAUUUACCUGUGCCACAAGUGCCCCAUGUUCUACCAGGAGACCAAAGAGCUGCGGAGCCACCUGAGCCAGGAGCACGGCGUGCUGGAGGAGCAGGAGAUCAAGCACACCACCCUGUACGCCUGCGAGCUCUGCGCCGACGUCAUGCACGUCAUCAAGAAGUCCUUCAUCUGCAGCAUGUGCAACUACACCUUCUCCAAGAAGGAGCAGUACGACCGGCACAUGGAGAAGCACCUGGCGGGCAGCAGCAAGACUUUCAAAUUCCGAGGGGUCAUGAGGCCUGGAGCUGCCUGCAGGGAGGGCAGGGAGAAGGUGAAGGAGGAUGGGUCUCUCCGGGAGGGAAUGCCACCCAGCAAGAAGAGGAAGGUGGCCCACCACGGCAGCUCAAUCCCACACAGGUCACCGGUCCAGCUGCACCCCACAAAUGACCUUCAGCUGGUAGAAGCUGGAAGCCCCAGCCUGCAGGUUCCCGCUGGCUCCUUCCCGACAGCACCUGGUGAGCUGGGAGAGCCCCAACCCUCCGGGAAAGCAGAAGUCCUGGUGGGUGACUUCUCGGAGCUCCUGGCAGAGAUGGAGAAGUCCCCGUUUGAUCCCCUGCCACCACCGCCCUGCCUGUCCCCACCUCUGCCACCGGCUGCUGCGGGCAGCCCCGAGCUCGGCCACAUCGCUGGGCUGUCCAUGGAGGAGCUGGAGAAAGGAGCCUUUGAUGGGAAACCACUUCCUUUCUUGGACUCGCCCGAGUUUCCCAUGGAGCUCGCUGGCUUGGCUUGUCACCAGGCCACCAACCAAAAACCGUCCCCUCCCCUCCUGACCCAGAAACGUGGCUGUGCCGAUGCCCAUAAAAAAACAAGCGCAGGCAACAAGGAUGAGUACAGGGCCUGUAUCCUGGAAAAUCCCGGCGCAGACACCGACGCCGCGGAUGAGAUCCCUUUCCUCCAGCUUGCCAAGAAGGUCUCAGAGCUUCCUUCCCCUAAAGCAGAGUCCCCACAAAAAACCACAGAGACCCGCAAAUGGGGCAACCCCAGUGCCAGUGAUGCCUCUGCCUGGGAAGGUGCAGCUAAGCCCCCGUCUCCAGAAGGUGCCCACCAGCCCCUGCCCCCAAAGGACAAGAGAGCAUCACCCACACCCAACAGAGCUGCCAAAGAUCCAGCGCCACCAAAGAAGGGUAGUGAGGCGGCUCCCGGUGCGGGCAGCACCGAGGAGGGUCAGCAGCCCAUCUCAGGGAAGGAGAAAUCCGUGCCUGAGGCCAAGGACAGCAGCACUAACGCCAAGGACCAAGGCGGCGACCCAGGCAGAUCCGGCGGCCACCAGCCCAGGGGUGAGGUGGCCAGCACCGCGGCGAGGCACGGCCAUGCAGAGCCAGGCAGAGCCUCCGGCAAGCUCCACCCCAAGAGGAGGAAAGAACACAAAUCCCUGAGCCACCGGGGCAGCUCUGGCUCGCGGGAGAACAUGGAGGGAGACGGGAAGAAGAAGAAAGCCCGGCCACCGUGCCCGGCGAGGAGCGAGAGCGCGGCUGAGCUCAAACGUGGCGGCUGGAGCAACGCCGAGGGUCCCGCCCUGUCCCCUGGCAGGAGGGACACGCACUGCAGCAAGCUGGGAGCCAAGCCCAGAGCCGGCCCCCAGCUGAAGAAGAUGGUCCUGGACCCUUACAACCAGAAGAAAGGGGAGCUGCGCCACGCCAACGGGGACGUGAAGCGCAGGAAAGCCAUUCUGGGCAAGAGCCUCCACCAGGUGUUGGCCAAGGGGCCGGCGCCGUCCCCGCCUGGCUCGUGGCACGGCCCCCGUGGCGCCAAAGCGGCCAAGGUGGCCAACCCGGCCAGCUACCGCAGCGCCGAGUCCCAGAACAACCUGCUCAGCCAACUCUUUGGGCAAAAAUUAACCAGCUUUAAAAUUCCUUUAAGAAGAGAUACUUCAGAGUAAUUUAUGGAAGUGACUUAUGGUGAUCCUCAGCUGCUUUCAUGGGGUUUGCAAGGGAAAAAUUAUCAAAGCAUUAAAUUCGUUUGUGUAGCAUGAUUUCUCUGUCUAGCUUAAAUGAACUUGCACUGCAGCCUCUGUGAAAUAGUUUGCUUUGUGUCUACUAAUCUACUUUAAUUCACCUGAUUUAUCAUGCAAAUGCUAGAACUUUGAUGUUGCUGAUGAUUUUCAUGAACUGAAAUUGUAAUCGCUUUGGGCAGACUGAAUCGUCGAGAGCAAUUGCUUUAUUGCAGAAGUGCUGAGGUUAUAAGGAUACUUGCAAAUCUCAGACCCUUUUGAGUCUGUGUCUGUGUUAUCUUUGUACAAAGUACUUGAAGAGAUGAACUUCAUUCCGUAGACGUCUUAUUCA